UCCCCACGUACACCAGUCCAGAGCCACCUUAAAAGCGAGAGGCAAUUGUGAAGUCACUGGCCAGCAGUGGACUGGAGACUUCAGAAAGAGAUAAAGAGAGCAGAGAGAGGCAGCAAGAGAUUUUUCCUGGGACCCAGAAAUUCACGGUAUCCCAAUGAAAAUCAAAUUCCCUGGAAAUCCAGAUACAGCAAGAGAAAGAGAGAUAAAUAUACUCAACGCCAGGAACUCUUCUUUCCUCUCUCUUCCUCAGUCUCUCCUAGUCCUUUAGUCCCCAAAUUCCUGGUUCCCUGUCCCCCUCCUGGGGAUACCAUGUUGUUCUUCGCCCUCCUGCUAGAGGUGAUUUGGAUCCUGGCUGCAGACGGGGGUCACCAUUGGACAUAUGAAGGCUAUCUAUCCAUCUCCUCUUCCCCUCAUUCAGCUUUCUUGUCCUCAAACUACAGGCCCACAUGGUCAGGACCAUUGGCCAGCCUCUUACCCUGAGUGUGGAAGCAAUGCCCAGUCCCCCAUCGAUAUCCAGACAGACAGUGUGACAUUUGACCCCGAGUUGCCUGCUCUGCAGCCCCACGGAUAUGAUCAGCCUGGAACUGAGCCUUUGGACUUGCACAACAAUGGCCACACAGUGCAACUCUCUCUGCCCCCAACCCUGUAUCUGGGCGGACUGCCCCGAAAAUAUGCAGCUGCCCAGCUCCACCUGCACUGGGGUCGGAAAGGAUCCCCAGGGGGGUCAGAGCACCAGAUCAACAGUGAAGCCACGGUUGCAGAGCUCCACAUGGUGCAUUAUGACUCCGAUUCCUAUGGCAGCUUGAGUGAGGCUGCCCAGAGGCCUCAGGGGCUAGCUGUACUAGGCAUCCUAAUUGAGGUGGGUGAGACUGACAAUCCAGCUUAUGAACACAUUCUGAGUCAUCUGCAUGAAAUAAGACAUAAAGAUCAGAAGACUUCAGUGCCUCCUUUCAAUGUGGGAGAGCUGCUCCCCCCACAGCUGGAGCAGUUCUUUCGUUACAAUGGCUCACUCACAACGCCUCCCUGCUACCAAAGUGUGCUCUGGACAGUCUUCAAUCGAAGGGCCCAGAUUUCAAUGGGACAGCUGGAAAAGCUUCAGGAGACAUUGUUCUCCACAGAAGAGGAGCCCUCUGAGCCCCUCAUUCAGAACUAUAGAGCUCCCCAGCCUCUCAAUCAGCGGACUGUCUUUGCUUCAUUCACCCAAGUGGGAUCCUUGUAUACCACAGGUGAARUGCUGAGUUUAGGUGUGGGAAUCUUGAUUGGCUGUCUCUGCCUUCUGCUGGCCAUUUAUUUCAUCGUUAGAAAGAUUCGAAAGAAGAGGCUGGGAAACCGGAAGAGUGUGGUCUUCACCUCAGCACAAGCCACCACGGAAGCAUAAGUUCCGAGACAUCACAGAUGCCUUUCCUUUGUGCCUGUCAGGGAGCCUCUAAAGUGGGGUGCAGGGGCUGGACAGAAAAUACUACUAGGAGUUGUAGGCAGACACCCCUCCUUUUCUGGACAUCUCUCACACAGAGGUAAGGACAAGAUUCUCAUUCAAGGAAAAACAGCAGAGCCUUUAGCCUUUGGCCUCUCAAAACAUGUAGGAGGACACCAGGAGACCCCUGUGUAUUAACACAGCGGGCAAACUAUGUUCAGUUGUAGGUGAAGUUGAAAAUGUGCCCCAAGUCUCCACCCCUCGCCUUUUUGUCCCUUCCCCUAGAUACACUGCAGGAUCUCCCCCACAGAAAAAGGGCUGCUGCUGGGGUUACAUAUUUUUGUUCAGUAUAAUUGCAAUUAAAGUUUCUGACCUUAA